AUGCUGAAUAAAUCGUUUUGGAUGUUGCAGCCGGAUACAUAUUGGAGAGAUAAUCUCUUUGAUGUUCUUGAUGUAACUCUAAAUUCGUCAACUAAUGUGUUUCUCGACGUUGAGGGCGAAUCGGCUUUAUCGUCAAAAAUGAUUGCCGGAGGAAAUUUCUUUGUGAAAUCAUCCCAAGCUUCUUCGCUUUUCUUUCAUCAGCUUUCUACUCAAAUAAGAAUUAAAUACACCACCGACAAUAACGUCAUGGGAGCAUUGUGUUCUAAAAGAUUUGCAUCAGUUAAGUGCGAGUAUAUCCCCUACCACACAAUUUCAAAUUGGAUAUGGAAUAAUUACAAAAUGAAACCAUCUCUAAUGCAGUUUGAUAGUUUAAUUUUACCUGGAACACUUGGCAAACUUGAGAGAAUGCACAAAGCUGGCGCAAAAUUCGUUCAUCCUGAUGGUACAUGCGUGUCGUUGGCUUCGACCAACGUCUCAACAUUGGUUGCGUUCGAUCAAACACUUCAUCUCGUCCUUCUACCAUCUCAUUUUAAUUUCUUUCAUUUCGCUCAUGGAAUAUGCGAGUCAAUUUGUCAUUUUUUCCCAUUCGUUGUUGAUUUUUUGUUAGAGCGAGAUCUUCCAAUGAAGGGGUGUUUCUAUAACUCACAUGGAUUUGCGUGUUGCAACGCCGCACUUCAAAAUCUCAUGGAAGAUAUCGCAAAGGACAUGCUGAACAAUGGAACAUUCCAUCGAUGCAAUGUUCAGAAAGUUGCAAAUGUCCUUCAGGAGAAAUGCGAAGAAACAUUUGGUGCUCCGUUUGAGACCAUUGUUGGAUUAUCUGACUACGCGGAGCGAAUUCACUUCAAGAGAACCAAUGUGUGCAAAGUUGAAAUUAAUGGAAGGUACAUCCUUGCUUACGAGACACCAGAUGAUACAACUGGUUUGCUACGUCGCAAAAGAAAUGACGAUCGCGAUGACAUUCAUGCUUACAACUACUGA